AUGGCCUUCAGUAACCGGACCUGGGUGGUUACCAGCCGAUACUGCGAUAUUGGAGAUGGUGUAGACUCCCUUGAAGGCCAUAUUCAUUCGCUGUGGUAUAUGUACUACGAGCUUGGCAGAAACAUCACCCCCGAAUCAUCUGAACAUGAGGGAUUGGUCCUCGAUAUCCUCCGCAUUCAAGGAAUGGGGCCGUUGACGCGACCUGCACGCGGAGUCUCCGGGAUUGAUAUCGCAAGAACUGUCGACGGUACACUGUGGAACGAUCUCCCUUUCAUGGUUGGCGAUAUGAUCAAUUGCUGGAUCAAUCACAGUGCUUCUAUGUCAGGAACACACCGUCUCAACUUUGCAAAAUAUAUGAUGGCGUUGGAAAGCCAUUCGGACGACAGGAACUUGACCAGGUCAUAG